UAUUUUCAUUUCAAAACGUGCACGCGCUGGGGUAAAAUCAUUCAACGUUGGAUUUCUUUUGAAUUUGAAGAAAACAACUUCAAUGGAUUUCAACUCUUCCAUCACCCCGGGCUUCUGUCCAGAUUGCGGUUCCAUUCUUCCCCUCUUGCGGAUGUCGGGCAACGUGACCUGCUACAACUGCCACAACAGCUACAGCGAAGCAGUGUUCGGCACCAUGGAGGUCGAGUACACGGUCCACUUCAACUCGUACGAGAACAAAAAGUCUGACCGGGCGCGCCAGGGCAAACGGAGGAAGGCCGGUGGCGGCGGCGACGACGAUGAGGCCGAGGGUCCGAUCGUUUCCCGCAAGUGUCCCAAGUGCGGCAACGACAAAAUGUCGUACGCGACGCUGCAGCUGCGAUCGGCUGACGAGGGCCAGACGGUGUUCUUCACCUGUACCAAGUGCAAGUUCAAGGAAUCGGAAAAUUCGUAACUGGAUGUAUUUUUGACGGCUUUUUACUUGCAUGGUUAUCAAAUAAGAUUAUUCACUUGUAGUAGAUC